GACAUUUGCCGUCAACUGUAAAUGAGUGGAAAUAAAUCUAACGAUCUCUAUCUAUCACAUUAAGCUCUCACAGGCAAUUGACCAGUAAUUGACAGAUCCCGACUAGAGAUUUUGGACCUGACAUAUACUUAGCCAAUCCCUGAAACUCUCUUUCUAGGGAUAAAAAAAAUUGAAAAGCUUAACAGAUUUUGUGUGCAUGCAUAAGAGUUCCAGUUAAAAGAUAGUGUAAAUUUUCACAUGGGAUAUUAUUGAAUAAUUUUGGAUAUACUACACCUCUGAUUUUAUGUGCAGAUCAUGUAGAGAGUCACCGUGAGGACGGUAUGACAGAAGCUGAAUAACAGAGGAUGGCGAGCUGCGCAACUUUACUGAUUGUCUUCAUCACCGUCCAGACCAUUUGUCAAGGUGCCUCGCCAAAUGACCAAAACUCUUACCCACGAAUAUCGGAACACCCUCAAAAUGGUUACUUAUCGAAGGACAACCCCGCCACUUUGAACUGUCAAGCGGACGGCAACCCCCCACCCACCAUCACUUGGUACCACAAUGGGGAAAAAGUGGCUACCAUUGUGGAAGACCCCUUCUCACAAAAGAUGCUGAUUGAGGGGGGCAAGCUCUUCUUUCUGAGGGUCAUUCACCAGAAAGACAAGUCCGAUGCCGGCGUGUACUACUGCAAUGCUACCAACAGGCUGGGGAGCGCCAUCUCUAGAAAUGCCACCCUCAAAAUUGCGGUUCUAAGAGACGAUUUCCUCCAGUCGCCAUCCAAUCAGAGCGUGUCCAUCGGUGACAAGGCUAUUUUUAGCUGCCGCCCCCCACGAGGAGAACCAGAACCUAAAGUCCUGUGGAUGAAAGGGAGGAAGUUCCUGACAGACAGCAAUAGGAUCCAAAUUCUGGAAAACGGAGACCUGAUCAUCUCUCAAGUCACGUUAAAUGAUGCCGAUAAUUACAAAUGUAUCGCCACAAAUACAGCCGGAGAAAAAGAAAGUGCCCCAGCCAGACUUACAGUUUUGGAGAAACCUAGUUUCCGGAAAGCUCCAGUGGACCAGAUCACCAUGGAAGGAAAGGCAGUGCAUUUUCCCUGUGAGGUGGUGGGGGAUCAGCCUAUAGCAGUGGAAUGGAGGAAGGAAAAUGGGGCCCUGAAGUUUGGGAGGGUCAGGGUUCUCAAUGACAACACCCUCAGAAUAGAAAAGGCUGAGGCAGAAGAUGCUGGGCUCUAUGUGUGUAUGGCAUCUAAUUCUGUAGGAACAGCUGAGGCGGUGGCUAGACUCACUGUCCAGUAUAUGCCAUCGUUUGACGUGAGACCCCACGACCAGGUGGUGGGCGUACGGCGCACCGUCACCAUGCACUGUUCCGUCACCGGCAUCCCACAACCCACCAUUAUAUGGAGCAAAACGUCCAACAAGCCCUCGGGGGAAAAGACUCUAUUAUUCCAAAACACUGCAUCAGGAAGAUUUUCAGUGGCCUCAGACGGUACUUUGAGAAUCGAGCGAGUACAACUCGGGGACACUGGUCAGUACGAGUGUGAGGCCAUCAAUGGACUUGGGUCGGCCAAAGCUUCGGCAAGGCUCGAUGUCAAAGUAAAUGACACAAGGCCACCCCCUAUCAUAAGAAUUGGCCCCCAGAGCCAGAAUUUACCCACAGGAGAAGUGGGGUUCCUCCACUGUGAGGCGUAUGGAGACCCAAAGCCCAAAAUAUGGUGGCUAAAGGAUGGUAGACCAAUCACUGCUAAUUCCAGAAUCAUUGCUCUCAGCUCUGGGACUCUUCAGAUUUCAGAUCUUCAAGAGUCAGAUUCAGGGAAUUACACAUGUAAGGCAUCAAGUGAGACUGGGGAAACAUCACAGUCAGCCACAUUACUGCAGUUCAAUAAGUCUAACAAGAAUGUGACAUUCCAUCGUACCCAGGAUGUGAAGACCUUUCCUGGUCCACCAUCCAAACCAACUGUCGUAGAGGUCCUGUCCAAUUCCAUCAAACUGUCAUGGCAACCUAACAGUAACCAUGGAGACUCGCCUGUUUAUGCCUACAUUGUAGAAUACUUCAGUCAUGAAACCUCAGAGGGCUGGGUUGUGGCAUCCGAUUCUGUUCCACCUACAACAACUUCUGUCCAGCCUACAUCUUACACUGUGACUAACCUAAAACCAGAUACAACCUAUGUAUUCCUGGUGCGAGCCAGAAAUUCUCAUGGAGUCGGGGUACCAAGUGAACUGUCGGAUCCUGUAAGCACACGAACUGUAUCAGACAAAUCUCGGAAUACCCAGUUGACCAGGAAACAGAUUGAGAAUAGUCUGCAGGGCAUCGUGGUGGAACUCACUGCAGUGGAACCACUUCCAGCUGCUGUGGAAGUCAGGUGGAAGGUUCAUAAGAUGAUGGAUAUCAUUGACAAGUUUGUGAUCGAAUACAGAGAAAUAAGAGACCUAAAAACAGGUGACAUGGGCAGGAUGAACUCGGUGACAGUCAGUCGUACCUCACUAUCCUACACCAUACAGAACCUACAAAGUCACAAGUGGUACAGUAUCUGUAUCAAGGCCUACAGCCAGGACAUAGCCACUCAGUGUAGCCAGCCCAUGAAAGUCCAGCCCACAGAACCCAGGAGGGGGGUCAAGUUCCCUCCCCAGCAUGUCACGGCCCCCUCCCACGUGGUCAUACAUAAAACUGAUGACACCAGCAUCUCCAUGCAGUGGCUUCCUCCAAAUGAUGUCACACAUUCCAACAUCAAGUCAUAUGAGAUAUCCUGCCUAAGUAAAGAGAACAAGCACAACUGCAGUAGAAGUAUACCGGCCAAUCACACGAGCUAUGUGUUGGAGAACCUGAAAGCUGACCAGACAUACACGGUCAAGAUAGCUGCUAGGACCAUCAGCGGGCUGGGAUCCUGGAGCAAGGAAUAUAUCAUUGGACCCGAGAAGGAGAGCCUGAUGAAGCAGCCCUGGUUCAUUGGACUCCUGAUCAGUAUUAUUGGGGUCACACUGUGGUUCGCGCUGUGCAUCUUUGUGGUGUGGCUGUGUAGAAAGAGGAAAGCCAUGAAGAAACAGAAAAUGCAGGAAAUGUACAGUGUUCCCAACUAUGCAAAAUCUGAUGACAGCAAUAGAAACAGCUUUAAUUAUUAUGCUAAAUAUGGAUACAGCCAAAAAGAUGCGCAGAAUCGAGCAGGAGGUAUGACUCAGAUGGCCCCCGAGUUUGCUCAGCUGUUGGAACAGAAGGACAUGGAAAUGCAGCAGGGACAGGGGCCCAGUGUGUACAACGUGCCGCAGAUGAAGACUUUUUAUCAGAAGAAGGAUCCUGUGGCUCCGUAUGCCACCACCACCCUGAUCAACGCCGGGAACGCGGUGGGCGGGCACUCCAUGCAGGAUCACAUGUUCCGCCCCAUCACUCAGCACAGUCAACAGAGUGGGUCAGGGGACUCAGGGUGCUGUAAGCACGAGUGUAGCGGCGACUCUAACACUAGCCAUUCUAACACUGGAGUUCCUGUGGAUCAUGCAGAUGCUAUGCAGAGUCCAACCAGUGACAGUGGAAGUCACACAACAGAUGAAAAUGGAUUUCUGCUGAAGAAAGGAAAAAAGCCACUCAAACAGAUCACACAACCCAAACAGGCCAUGGUGAACUGGGCAGAAUUCCUCCCCCCUCCCCCCGAACAUCCCCCACCCCCAAGUGAAAUGAACAUGUCUCAACAUUCAUCUGGAAAUUCCUCUACAUCCCAGCAAUACGCCGAGAUCAAUUGUCUGAACCGUGAAAUGGGGGCACGGAGCCCCAUGUCUCCUAUGUCUAAAAUCUCCUCCUGCUCUUGUCCUGUCCCCCACAAUGCGACCCCCGUGUCAGGGUGGAACAUGCCCGCCUACUCUGAUACAGGCUGUGUCAGGUGUUGUUCCCCUAAGUACUUUGAAAAUGUGCAUUACCCACCCAAUCAGUAUAAUAUGGUUCAAAGAACUCAGUCCCCCAGAGGGCAAGAGUGGAAUAACUGCCCCCGGGGGCAUGACACUUGGGGUCAGCGGACAAUAGCCUGCAUGAAUGCUUCGCGGGGCACUCCAACAGACUUCAAGUGUCGGACAUGUCACAGUGAUCCAGAGCAAGGGGGCCCCAUGCCACAACUUCAGAACUAUAAGAUUGUGCCACACUGUGAAAAUGACUAUCAGUUCUUACACGAGUCGGAGCAAGGGCCGUCUAGUUCAUACAACAUGCCUCCUAGCUACCCAGGACUUUAUAAUGUACAUGGAGAUGGAGGGCAGUGCAUGGACCAUCCCUGUCAGUCCAGUAUGGCAGAGCCCUGCUCUCCUGUGUAUCAUAAUAAUAAAAUGGAUGGCCACCACAUGAACAUAGGAGUGGAUGGUUACCAUAGAAAUGCUGACUCGCCUGUCUCGGACAAUGGUCCUGAUUACGCUGGUGAGUCCACUGAGUUGGAGACGGAGGAUGAGAACUCUCCCAGAAAGGAGGGAGAAAAGGAGGGGCAGGAGGAGGCUGGUAACAUGUCAGGCGUAGAGACUUGGCCCAGUUACACAGAUCAGUGCAACACGGAGGACAGUAGCGAUCAUUCCAGUUGUCAUAGUGACAGUGACGAAGCAUUCCUAAAUGAGGCUGACUUUGCUGAGACUGUCGCCAAAGCGGCAGAAAUGUCGGGGCUAACAGUGGUGGGGUCCACUGUGUCUGAUCCAAACGCAGACAAGCAAGUUGUGAAGAAACAGAGGCGACACUAUAGACCCCGCCCCACCAGCCCAUACAGCACUGAUAGCAACUUUAGCGAAGUCGUACGCAAACCAUAUCCCAAGUCACAACGAAAGAAACAACUCAUGGACCAAGGAAAGUGGCCCAACAAGAAAGACUCUCCUUCUGGAUCAACUGCCUCACAGAGUCAGUCAAAAUAUUCUCAACAUGUGAUGGGUGGGGCUUCAUACAACAAACCUAACUUCCCCAACGCUGUCCCACAAAAAGCAUGCCGACCCAAAUUCCAACCUCAACUCUCUGUUAAUAAGUCUGAGGAUUCUAAAGAUGAGGGGCAAGAUAGUGGAAUAAACGUAGAACCCGCUUCUAAAGAGGGACUACCAGGAACACUGAAGGUUUGAGACAGAAAUAAAGGUCCUUUCAUCUCUUUGUGCCAUCAAUUUCCCAAUUCCAAAGAAAGCCUGCUCAUCCAUUGUAGUCCUGUUGGCUGUUGUCGUGUAAAGGAGUGCUUUUAGUGCCAUAUGCUAAACUGUAGCUUCAUCAUGCAUUGUAUGCCAACCUAUGAACCUCUUGGUCCACAAGAAAUAAAAGAAAAUGGAGUGGCUAUUUGACUGACUUUAUACAGAUUCCAAUUGACUCUGAUUCGUAGAAAGGUCUGGUGUAGAAAUCUGAUGACAAUCAAAUGUCCUGUGCUGUUUGGAUUUUUGGACUACAAACAUAUGGAUGACUGCACAGAUUUCAAUCAACUCGGUGCUUGUUUUAAAAGCAAUAUACUCUGUCAAAUUCAAGACUUCUGCUGAUGCAGAUCCAUAUCCAAAUAUUGUGAUGGUGUUCAUUAAGAAAUCCAUUAUUGACCUAUAAACUGGCAAUAUAAAUGUAUAUUUGUGUUAUCUUCCACUGUUGACAAUGAUGUGUUCAAAUGGCUGUGUGUCCAUGUUUGCCAUGCCUGAGUGAAGGCAUAACAAUGCCCUGUACUGUGGAGGAUGCCACCUAGAAAUGAAAUAGAAGUAGUUUAAUUAAAAAAAAUUUACUCUGUUACAAAAUAUAAGCAUAAACAGGGCUUCAAAGUCUCUUGCAAUAAACCUGCAUUGUAUUUCUUGCUUCGACUUUAAAUCUUAACCACUUGUUGCAUGUCACUUUCAUUUCAGCAUUCAGAUAAAUGCUGAUAGAUGUGAAAUCAACUGAUGUAUAGAAAUUGUAUGUUACAAAAGUGUAUUUAUUGUGUUAAACUGUAUGAAUGAUGUGCACACAAGAAUUGUUCAUAAAUCUGUGAUUAUAGUGGGUUGCGAGAAUGCGAGUGAAACACGUACAUUUUAAUUUUAAGCAUAAUUCUUUUUUGUGAUAUUUUGUUUCAUUAUCCUAAGUUACUUUCAAGAUGCUUAUACAAACAGUAUGCUACAAUGUAAAUUUUUUUCCUGAACAAUAUAUUUGGUUCUGUAUGAUUUUUUUUUAUGUACUGAGAAACAAUUCUGUUAAUUUGUUAUUGUUAACUGGUGAUUUUAGGUAGAGAGGUUCAAACAUUAGAUGGUUUAAGAGUUAAGUCCUGAAGAUAAGGAAUGGAUAAGAAAUCCUAAUUAGCUGCUUCCUGAUCUUAAUUGAUAUUCUAGUCUUGUAUGGGUCAGCAUAAUGUUUAUAUGUUGUCUGUGUCAUGACAUACAUGUAUCGUUUUCUUUGGGCAAAUGUAAGAGUUGUCUUUCUUUAAUUUUCCUGUGCAAUAAAAAGGGACUUGUAAGGGGGGAAAAAACAAGUUUUUGAGAACAGAAAAAUCAAUCAGCAGAUUUUUUGUUCAGAAGUCUUGUUGAAAAUUUGAAGUAGUAAUCUAACGUACUUAAUCAUUAUAAUCACACCCAAUAUACAUCACAAUGUUUCUGAAUAUCCUUACUUAUACAUUUAUAUCACAUUAUUUGAUAGAUAUACAAAUCAAAGCACAGGAAGGUGAAAGUGAUGUGAUAUUUUGUGAAAUCCUAUGAAGUAUGUAAAUACCUGAAAUCAUGAAUGUUUUUCAUGCAAUAAAUCAUAAAACUUGAAA